CAGAUUGGUGCAGCAAUGUUAGGGCAGGAUGCCAGGUGCCUUCUUGCGGUGGCUGCAGCUUCAGGAAUAGCUACCCUCAUCCUCAUCCUUGUUCAAGUGAAGGACGUUUAUCUGCCUGCAAAAACCAAGAUCUCAUGAGCAUCUUGUAUGUUUCCUCUCCUCUGUCCUUCUUCCCAGGGUUUCAUGUUCCUUCCCUGUUGUCUCUUUCAUUCUUACUUUUCUAAGACUGUUGCAAAACUACCACUUCCUGAUUUCCCAGCCUCCGAUAGCUGAUAGCCGGUGAACAGCCCCACAGGUUUGAGCCAUUCCACAUGUGUCUCCAACUCCUGAGAGCUCUGUGAAUGUCACUGCAGGGGCGUGAGACUUGUUGUUUCACACCUCACUUCCCUUUCCAUCUCGGAACUUUAUCUAACUGUAAAACCCAAGGAAUAGAAACAAAGGCCUGGUUAAAGCCGGGCUGGAAGGUCAAGCCUGAAAGUGCAAUUCUUUGGAUGCAAGAGCUGAGAGCACAUACAGCAGCCCUUGUGCAGCUGUGAGCUCUGUGACCUCAUCUUCCCUCCCGGCUCCCCCUUCAGUAUGGGAUGGUGUUUGAUGCCGGCUCCUCGCACACGGCUCUCUACAUCUACAAGUGGCCAGCGGAUAAAGAGAACGGCACCGGCAUCGUCAGCCAGGCUGAGGCCUGCACCGUGCAAGGACCUGGGAUCUCCAGUUACGCUGACAACCCCACUAGGGCCGGAGCCUGCCUGAGGGCCUGUCUGGACAAGGCCAUGACGAUCAUCCCUGUGGAGCAACAGAGAGAAACGCCCACCUACCUCGGCGCUACUGCGGGCAUGCGGCUGCUGAGGGAGCAGAACAGCACAAAAGCCGACCUGGUCUUUGCAGAGGUCUCCAAGACCAUCCGGCAGUACCCUGUAGAUUUCCGUGGCGCUCGGAUCCUCACUGGGAAUGAGGAAGGAUCCUUUGGCUGGAUCACAAUCAACUACCUGCUGGAGACGCUCGUCAAGUUCUCUUUCACAGGGACGUGGAUACACCCUGAGGCAGCUGCAGUUGUGGGAGCACUGGACCUUGGAGGAGCCUCGACCCAGAUAACCUUUCACCCUGGUCGGGCCAUUGAGGACAACAACACCGAAGUCCUCUUCUGGCUGUAUGGGACCAACUACUCGCUUUAUACCCACAGCUACCUUUGCUACGGGGAAAACCAAGCCUUGAAGAAGCUGAUUGCAUCCCUCAGAGAGGAGAACCUCACCUCUCAGCAGAUCUCCCACCCGUGCUACCCUAGGGGAUAUGAGGAGAACAUCACUGCCGCUGCCCUGUAUGACAGUCCCUGCAUCCCGGCACCAGCUGCACACGACCCCAGCCAGAUCCUCACGGUGCGGGGGACAGGAGCCCCAGCGGAGUGCAGGAAUGCCGUCCAGAAACUCUUCAACUUCACAGCCUGUGGGGCCAACAGGACGUGCGGGUUCAACGGGGUCUACCAGCCACCGGAGCAUGGGCAGUUCUUCGCCUUUUCCGGAUUUUAUUCAGUCUUCCACUUUCUGAACCUGACCAGCGGGUAUCCCUUGAGUGACGUCAGUGCCACCAUCGAGCACUUCUGUGCUAAGGACUGGAAGGAGGUGCAGAUGGUGGAUCCUGGCAGGAACAAGACCCGCCUGCAGGAUUACUGCGCUGCCAGCACCUACAUUCUCACCCUCCUGCUGCAAGGCUACAAGUUUGACAACGAGACAUGGAGCAACAUCCAUUUCCACUGGCAGGUGGCUGCUGUGGAUGUGGGCUGGAGCCUGGGCUACAUGCUGAACCUCACCAACACGAUCCCCUUGGAGGCUCCCAACCGAGUGAAGGGGCAGCGGCCUGACCUGUGGGCAGCGGCUGUGGUCACCACCUGCCUCAUGCUGGCCAUGAUCCUGUGGACAGGCCUGGCUCUGUGCUAUCAGUGGCCCCUUGCCACCUAUGAGACUAUGCUGUAGCUGGCCAGUGCUCCUCAGGCUGGGGCCCUGCUGCCAUCAGGAGUCACACGAGGCUUUCCCCAGACAUCAUGCAGUCCUGUGUGUUAGACGUUUGUGGCCUUACAACCCAGUGCCCCUACUUGCAGCUGGAGGCAGGGUCUGGGAGAGAAACCCCUCCCCAGGGAGGGUAGGAACAUUGGGUUUGAAGGACAAAUGGCAUCUCUUGGCAAAUUGGUGACACUUUUCAGUCUAAUCUCAGCCCUGUGAGCUGUGCUGGCUUCCUGCUCUCCCCCCAGCCCCCUUUCCAGUCAGCAAGUCCUGCUGUGCAAACAGAGUCUAUCCUGAGGAGGUGCUGCUGCCUCCUGCAGAGCCCAGUUGGGGUGGUGUGUGUGUGUGCGCGCGCGCCAUGGCCUACUGGAUCUGGGGUGCAGGGGAAGUUGGGGCUGGUGAGGCAGGAAGCAUUGGCUAGAGUGCCAGGAGACUCCAGGGCAAGGCGGAGGGAAUGGGAGUGUGAGUCUCCUCCUGGUCCAGGGAGCACCGGCUGAUAUAUUUGGAAGUGCCUGGAUGCAGGGGCAGCUGCAGCAGCUCUGCAGGGGCAGGGACUUGCCCUUUUGUGGUCACUAACAAAGGGCUGGUUGUGGCACACGGGGUGUUGGUUACAGCCUGGGUGUUUGGGCCAGGCUCCAGACACUGCCCUGGCUCAGGGUUACAAAAAGAGUGGUCAGACUCUUUUUACCCUCGCUUAUACAUGUGUAAGGGAGAGAGGAGAGGCAGGCACAGGUGCCACAUGGGAAAGCCACCCUGGUAUGUGAGGCUGCAAGUUGUGGGUUGCUGUGGGCGUUGCACAAAGAACUCAAUUUCCCAUCAAACCCAGACUGGGUGCCUCUUCCCAAGCUGAUCAUUGUGCCACCUUGUGAUUGGCUUUCAGCCUACCUGUGACAGGCCCUGCUAAAGUGAGUGCCCAGCCCAGCUCCCUCUCAGGAUAAGUGAGUGCCCAAGCAGCAGGACAUGAGUUAAUUACCACCUGGAUCUUCUAAAGGGUUAUGGGGGCUCAGGCAGGUAACAACACCCAGAAGAGGCCCCUGGAGAAAGAACUCCUCAGGGCAGCAGGCUAGGAAUCUACCCCUGGUGGCCUGUCCUAGGGAACAGGGGUGCUGGGGAGAGGAAGCACAGCGGGAAAGGAAGCCAAGAAUAGGGUUGGCAGUUUAGAUGAACAUGUUCCUGGAGGUUUCAUCACAGACAUAAUCUUUAAUUACCAAUGAAUCAUGAUUUUCUGGACACUCAACAAUCCUGGAGGGUUGGCAGCCUGAACCAAGGAAGAGUAUUCCUGGUGUGAAAGGCUCCAAAAGCAAAGGGGUAUGAAUGCCAAGUCUCAUUGAAACCUUGUCUCCAUAGAAGGACUUCACCAGGUAGCAGUAGGCUCCCCAGCUGAGAGGAAUUAGAUGCUGCUCUGAGGAAACCAGGGGCAUUGUGGUUUAACUGCUAUGUGGCCCUUGACCCAAGAGGACCGAGACCCUUCCUGAGCUGAUGACAAGUGGCCCUGACUCCAGAAGAGGGCUCUGAAUCAUGAGGGACUCACUAGUCAGGGACCUGGACAUAAGUGGAAUUGUUGGACUAAAAUUAAUGCAGCCUCUUCCUGCACCUUAGGAUACUGGGUGGAGGCCUAUUUGGGUAAUGGUUUGCCUUUGGGUUAGAUUAAACUAGACCCCUGAAGGGACACUGUUCACUAUACAUCAAUCUCUUUAGCCUUAUUGAAAGUCCAUUAGGGGAAACUGAGGCAGGGAUGUAAUUAUGGCUCUGCAGAGGGUGGGGGGGCCACAAGUUUGAGGGCCCCCAGUACAUACUUCCAAAUAACUCACUAAACAUGCUUGUAAAUAAAAUGAAAAUCCUGUGCUCGCCAGUUCUUUCUGGGUACCCUCAACACGCUCACAAGCACAAACGCUGAGGGGCUGCAGCAUGUGGCUACUGCCCGACAGGCAGCCGGAGAUACAGCAUUCCAAAGCCCUGGCAAUUCCAGGCGUUUGCAUGCGGAGUUGAACCUCUGAACAAUGCAGUGGAGGUGGAUGUAGCUUGUAAACAACUGUGCCAACUGGA